AUGAGGCCGGCCGCCCGGCCGAGACACAAAGGCCGCGGGGCGCCACUGACCUGCUCGAAGAGGCCGCUGGCGAGGGCCCCGGGCGAGUGGUCGGUUCUGCUGAGGCCAGACAAAGGCGCCGGCGGCGGCGGCGGCGGGGGGAGGGAGGGGUGGCUGUCCCGGCGCGAGCGGGGGCAAGUCCCGGCCCGGCAAGGAGCUCGCGCCGCCGCGGCUCCUCUCCUUUGUUUCUGCAGCAGCGCGGAGCGAGACGCGCCGCGCGGAGGAGGGGUGGGAGCGGGGGAGGCGGAUCCUGCUACACAACGCGCGCCGGCUCGCGCUGCUACUGCUGCGCCGCGAGGCUCCGGGGCCGGACGGAAGCGCCGCCGCACGCGCAGAAACCGGCGCUGGUGUCGGUCGGUGCCGCCGCGCGCUGUUCCGGGAGGGAGGAGGCUGGACUCGAAGCGGCCGCUCAGAGCCAGCGAUGACGCUGCGGCCGGCGCCCGCGCUCUCUGGAAUCACACUGGCGCGCGGGUGGAGAUGCACAGAGAUGGUGGAGUGCUGUGCUGGAGGAAGGAUGGCACAAGACACAUAACAGGCAGGACAGAAGAUGCAGACAUCAAGGCUGCACUGCUGAAGAUGGUACCUGGAAACACAGCAGAUCUGGAUGAAGGCAUGGUGGAAAUGAUUAAAUCCUUGAAAGAGGUUGGAGUACACUGGCUCAUGUGAGUCCUGUGCAGAGAUUGGAAAGAGAAGAAAAUCCCAAGACAAUGGAGAAAGUCCAUGCUAAUACUGCUAUACAAACAAAAAGGUGACAUGCAAUAAUUGUUCGAAGUACCGAGGAAUUAAGGUGCUGUUUCACAGCAUGAGACUGUUAGAGAGAAUCAUAAAUAGUUGCAUUCACUGAACAGUGAAGGCCAUUUUAGGAAAAGAGCAGCUUGGUUUUAGAAAAGGAAAAAAGAAAGCAGAUGGUAUGUCAUUGCUAGACAGUUGGUGGAAAAGAAGCUGGAGGGAUACAUCAAGAAUGGUUGGGCUUUCCUUGAUUUGGAGAAAGCAUUUGACAGGGGUGAGACCAAGGUCUGUGGUAUCAGAGAGCAGCGAGAGGAGGCUGAGACGAUAUGGCCUUCUACAAAAGAUGGAUAAAGAGAAUCCUGUUCAGGAGGCAUUUGAGACUAGAGUUUGCAGGCAGAGACAAGAGGAUGGCCAAGAAAACAGUGGAUAGACUGUGUAUGGGAAGGCAGAAUACAUACAGAGUGAACAUUAGACUGGCAAGCCUGGAAAAGAUUGAUCCAUAGACCUGACUCUAGCUAACUGGGAAAAGGGAAAGAAGUGGCCUGUACUUUUCACUUCAUACUCUCCAUUAAUCUUAAUCACACUUUUAUAAUGAAUGGAGACUAUACUUUGGCAUUGCCUAUAUAAAAAUAAAUUUUACAUUUGAGGCCAAAUUUUCAACAAGGAACCUAUAAUUAUACCUACAAAAUUUUUGUGUGCAAGUUAGAUGAAGGGGAAAAAAGCGUCCCUGUUGCACAUGCACUCAUGUGCACUCAUGUGCACUCAUGAUUUCCUUCUACAAACUUAGGUUUUUAUGCUGACAAGUUUUUUUCAGAUCAUUAAAGCCAAUUGAAAAUUUGUCUUACAUUGUAUGGAGGACGUCAUCUUCAAAAGCACCACUACUAAAGUUGUUCAGCACAGGAGUUGAUAGCACAA